AUCAUCACAUUUCACAGGCCACUGAGCAUGAGCAAACGUCACUUGCGCUUCGGGAACGAAGAAUCCGCGGCUUGUCGAAGCGCGAUUCUUUGUAAUAUACUGCCUAGAGUUUUUGUUUUAGCUGCCUGGGAGGUUAGACAAAUUUCUUAGGGGUCCACCAAUAAUGACAAAAUUGCUGCGAAAGAGGGAAGAGGAUUGCAGUAGAACUUAAUCGACAGCAGCUUCCCGUUCCAUGAUUCCACCGGGUAACACAUUGCCAAGGAACGUAUGAUAUUCCGACAAAAUGACGACUGUCUUACCGGCAUGGAAGUUAGAACUCAUAGAAAAGAAAAAGAGGAAGGAACAGGACCAUCGACAGAAGGUCGAGCAAGAGAAAUCCCGCAAAGUAUCUAUUCCAGAAUGGAAGCGGUCGCUGUUAGAGAAGAGGAAAGAGGCUGCGAGCGAUUCGCCGGAAACCAAGGAACACGGUAUGUCUGUCAACAGUGUUUUCGGACCAAGAAUUAUACGGAAGACAUCCCAAUUAAAUUUACCGGUCGCGAAUUCAAGCCAGAAACCUGCAGUUAGAGGCGAUUACGAAGAAAGCAAAACAAACAUAUUACAAGAUGUUAACACGGUUCGCGGUGGUUCUUUGUCUUCGAGCCCGGCGGAUGCGAAUAGUUGUGUUACCAAAGCUGUCGAAAUUCCGACAGAAGUUGAACACAAAUCAAACAAACUAAGCACUCGAAAAGAGAUCGAAGAUAACCGCGAAAGUUCUCGGCAAUCAGACGUCGCGGCGCUGAGAGAGGAGUCGAACGUAGCCUUGGAUAUUCAGCAGUCGGAGACAAAGCUUGACAACAAACAUAGCGCAAAGACACCAUCAGUUUUUAGCUAUCGACGAAUGUUUGAACAAUCGGAAACAGAAAGCAAGGAAACUAGUGAGCCGUGCAUCAUUAAAAACACACAAAGUAAAACUCAGGUAGAAAAUCACAAGAGCACUACAGAAAGUACAUUGCGCGCUGUGAGGAGCGAAUCAAAUCCAUCUUCUUCACAAUUGCAAAUUUCGAACAAAAGUUCUGCAGGCAAAGCGCAUUCAAUUCACUCUGAGAAAUCAACACGUUCGCACCCGGAUUCGAACCAGCAAAAUGUAUUCACUCCAAAACCUACGUUUGCUCCCAAACCGUACAAAAGUUUCGUCACUACACCCCCUUGGCUCAAAAAUACCUCACCAAAAAAUAUCACUUUCCAGAUUGGCCGCAAUUCUGUCCAAGAAGACGUUGUGGUAGCUAAUGUAAACACCGAGGUGCAGAGUGCUCCAAAGAAUUUUGACACCUCGGAAAAGAAAAGUUAUGUAAUAGAAUCUGGCGCCAAGGAAAUCAUAACAAAAACUAUUGAAAGUGACGACAAACAGAAAGUCAGUUUUAGUAAUGGCAAUGAUCCAAUACCAAGUGGUGAUGUUUUACAGAAAGAAGAAUCUGUGAAAAAAACUACAGAAGAAACAGUUCUACCAUCAGAAAAAACAGUACAGAAAUAUUCAGUUAUUAAGGAGACAGACUCUAAAGAGGAGCAGUUGACCUCAAAGUCUGACAAAGGUAGUGAGAGUCUGAAGUAUAUUGUGAUAGAUGGUAGAAACCAAGAAGAACCAACUUCUACCAUUGAGAAAAACAAAACUUCAGUUAGUGCAACUUCAGACAGUGUUUCUCAAGUACCUAAUGAAAGUACACAGCAUGAGGAAGGGGAGAACAUUCCCCAUCCAAGUUCUAUUGAAUCAUUGCGGAGUAAGUUUGGUUCCAUUGGGGGUUAUCGAAGGUGGACCUCUUCUGAAGAAAACAUUUUUCUCAAAGGGAGCCAGGCUGAGCAAAGUGAUCAGGUCGUUGUUAUACAUAGAUCUUCAGAGUUAAAGAGACCCCCUCCUCCUACAAAAAGAUGGUCAGCAGACAUUUUAAGUUUGACGUCGCACUCAACUGAUAAUAGUGAGACAUCAAAUUUGUCACCUACUAGUGAAACUAAGAACAUUCCAUCAACGGCCAACCAGCUCAAGAGACCCCCUCCUCCAGUGAAGAGAUGGACAGCAGAUGUUAUAAAUGUGAUGCCACGACAAACUGAUGACAUGUCAGAUUUGUCCCCAAGAAGUGACUCCGGUAAGAAUUCAAUGAUCUCACCAAGCAACAGCCUUAGCAGAGGAAGGUCAUCAUCUCUGUGUGACAUCAGAGAAGAGACAGGCCUAGACUACUUCCAGCACAAAUCAAAUGUUGCUCAGGGAAUAGAACACCGCGUGAACAAGCUGAUAAGAAAGAUGUCUGUCUCAGAGACCCAGCUGAGUGUUGAUGAUGAAGAGUCAGAUUCGACAAGUGAUGAUGACCCUCUUAGCGACCUAGACUUAAAACUAGCAGCAAACAAAGAGAAAGAUGUGCCUGCACCACCGCAAGAUGUCCAACCAGUGUUUGCGAGGAAGCAUAGUGUUUCAAGUGAAAUUGAACACAGGGUGACAGAACUGUUUCAUCGGCAAUUAUCUCAGCAGUCUGAUGCAGAUGCGGAUGAAUCAGAAGGAGAAAAAUCAUCAGAAAGUGAUGCAAAUAUUACUGUUGUCCAGGUAGUGGAUGAUGUUAAAGAGCCAAACCUGAAAACAGAGUCCUUGCCUGUGGUUAGUACCAAACUAGCAAUUGACUUUGAUUCUGCUCCUGUAAAAGACGAUUGUAAUGAGGAAUCUGGUCACAUUGUACCAGAGAGCAAGCCAGUAAGUGGGUCUGUUCAUAAACUGUCAGCACUGUUCGGAUCAAGUAUCUUGAAACCCAAGAAGAAAGACAAAAGUGUGAAUGAAGAAAAAACAAAAGACAAGGCCAGUAAGUCAUCUAAGUUCCAUUCUUCUGAUAGAUCAAACCAGAAGGGUUCAUCUGGAGAUGAUGGUAAAAAGUCUACUCUGUUCAGCAAGUCUCAGAAGUCAGAGGGAAAAUCUGCACAGAAGGACAAGCAACAGUCUAACACAAGCAUUUUUCCUUGGCUGAGAAAAAACGACAAGAAGGAGAGCAUAGGAGGAAAUAAAACAAAAGAACUUCUGGACAAAAAUCAAAAAAAUAGUAGUUCAAGUUCUCCUAACGAAGGUACCGACACUGUGUCAAUUGCUGCAUUUGGCUUGCAACCAGUGCACAAGCCUGUUAAAGUGGAGCAAAGAUUAUUUGGCAAUGUGAAGAUAAUAAGUAAUGCUAGUCAUGAGCAGACUCCACCAAAGGGAGUGUACCAUAAAACCAAACCAAGUGUCCAGAUUUUAGAGCCAGAAAAAGAGAAAAUACCAUCUAAGAAAGCAAAUGAGUCCAAAACAGACAAUAAAGGAACUGAAUCUCAGGUCCCAGCCAUUGUAACACAGUACUGGAAUGGAAAUGAGGAGAGUCGCAGUUCUGAAACAAGUGUGACUGAGUCAGUUCCAAUAACAUCAAUCGAUGAAGUGCCAGUAUCUGCGAUAGAUAUGCCUGAAUCUGGUGACAAUGAUGUCACUGUUUCUGUGAUUGAUGUUCCUGCCUCUCCAGAUAACCGCAGUGCAGGAAAGUUUGCAUUUUUCAAUGGCCACAAAGAAGACAUACCAAAUCCUGAUGAUGACAACGACGUGAGUGUGUCAGUUAUUGACUUGCCGUCGCCAGGCAGCGAGAAGAUAAGUGCCUUUCAAGAUGGUUACUUAGAAGCUGAUGAGUUAUCAGAUGGAAGUGAUACCGAUGAAGUUGAGGGAAGCUACAAUUUUGCCACUGGAGAAAUUACCCAUGUAGUAAAUGGUGACAUUACUCAGGAUGAUGAGGACGAUGAGGAUGAUGAUGACGAUGAAGAUGAGGAUGAUGAUUAUGACGAUGAGGAUGUACCCAUAUCAUACAUAGGAUCAGCCCCUCAAUUUCCUGUCCCAUACGUUGUCUUUGAUUCAGAGCCUGUACAGUUGAAGUCAUGUUUGAGCCCAAAGAUAGAAAGAAAGAAGAUGAACAAAGGAAAAGUUUCUUUCAAGAGCUCACAUACAGUCCAUGACUAUCCAUCAGAGGAAACUGUAACAGCUGCUUAUGAUGAGUAUCACAAAGACAACAAUGUGCAACUGAAAACCUUGCAGAAUUACCAACCAGCUGGCCUGGUCAAUAUGGAAAAGAAUCUUGCACGUGUUGGUGGACAUGAACAAAGGUCGAUAACACCAUCAGCGCCUGUUACCAAUGGUGAUAAAAACUCCCAUGAUAUGCCUGCAAGUAAGAGUCUUCCGGAAAUAAAGUAUGCAGAUGAGGGGCAGGGCUUUACAGAUGCUACAGACAAUGCAAGCGCUCUAUUGUUUUAACUCUUCAGGAUUAUGGUAAUACCGUGUUACUUUCAAAAUAUUUCCCUUGAUUUAGAGAGAAAACAAAACAAUGCUGUGACAAGGAUUUCUGCCCAAAAAAGCUUUCAAUUAACUAGUCAGGCCACACACUGUGUUUGCCUAUUUGAAUUCAAUGAAUUGAUCUUAGGUUUCAUAUCAAACUUCGCAGCCGAUUCAAAGUGGUAAAUAUCGGGAAAAUAGUUGGCAGCCCAAAUGGUGCUGUACUAGGACUGCCAUUGUAGUAACAAGGCAGUUAAAACCAACCGUUUGUCUCUUAUCAGCUUCUUCUUUACACAAAGGAACUCUUUGGUGCUCAGGUUCUUGUAGGUACUAGUAAUUGUCUUCUAACUUUAACAUUGAUAUAGCAAAAUGUACUUUGUGAACAAGUAUUUAUGAAAACCAGCCUACAACAUUGGAGUUGUAAUAAUUAAAAACAUGUUUCUACAGUUCUAGGUUUUGUUCUUUAGCAAAACAGGGGGGGGGGGCAUGCUGAUUUUAUGCAUACAUUUAUGAUUCAUAGUAAGAUACAUAGUAUUGUAUAUGCUACAGAUGAAACGGAAAGAAAAUUCAAUAGCUAAUUGUACAGUGGUGUUAUUUUUCUUUUGCAUUUAAACCAGAUCAGGGAUUAUACAUAGUUUUUGUGAAGAAGAGUGACUUUGUAAUAAUUUAUUCCAAAGUAACUACAGUUGUACAAUAAUUAUUAUUGUGCCCUACUGACACUGCAGUUAUUCUUUAAUGCUGGUCAUUGCGAUAAUCUUUUAUCAGGACACAGGGUACUUUUAUCCAGAUGGAGUACACAGGCCUGUACGCACUUGACUUAAGACAGCUCAAAUAUUAUACAAUGCAACAUUCUUUGCUGUCUCAAAAAGUGUGAUCAGGUUUAAUUAUUAUUUUGACUUUGACUUUAACUAGGACUUUUGACUUUAAUGCUGGUCAUUGUAAUAAUCUUAGUAUUAUCAGGAUACAUCAGUACUUUUAUCAGCAAAGAGUACGUGAAGGCCUGUACCCACUUGUUAUUCAUGUACAGGACAACAUUUUUUGCUGUCUGAAUAAGGCAAGUGUGAACAGCUACAUUAAGGUAACUUUUAAGCUUUUUCUUAUUACUAGACCGUAGAGAACAAUAGGUUUAAUUAUUAUUUUGACUUGGAACUGCACUAUACAUUAAACUAAUUGAAUAUGUUGGUGCAGAAAAUUGAGCUCUUACAAUAGUCACUAAUAUUAUGUGUUUUGAGGACUUUGCAAAGGGCAGUUGAUGCCAAGCUACUGGCGGCAGAUAUAUUUUUUUCAAUAGAGUUCUUACAUAAAUUACACCAAGAGGGUGACAAUACCUUGCUUUUGAAUCACAAAGAAAUAGUGUACAUUAUUCAGGUACAUGUAUCACAAAGAAUAUCAAAUUUAGUUCCAUGUUCAAGAGCCAUGUUAAGCCAGUGUGUUACAUGUGCACUUAUCAUGUGGGUCGUCAUAGCCUAAAACAAAUGAAACAAAAUAUUUUUUUGGUGCAAAAACAAGUUUUACUUUUGAAGAUCUGUUGUUUUGCCAGGUCACCAAAUGAUUUCACAUCUCCUGAGACAAGUAAUUACUUUAAUUGAUGUGAAGUGUACUGUUCAAGUUACACAUUGGUUGAACAUCAUUGGCCACUUACACCUAGACGAAUAAUUAAUCAUCAUAAACAUUUCUGAGACCUUUAAGUUACCAACUAAAUUUAACUCCUGAACAUCCAUUGUCUAAGGGAGACCAUUUUUUGAGGAAUUGCAACUAAAUAAGGAUGUUUGAAACUUUGAAGCACUUCACGCUUUGUUCUUCACUCGUAAUAUAAUGGGUUGAAGAGAUCUCUGGAGAAAUGUUUAAUUUUAUGAUACCAUUGAGAUGUCUGUAUGAUGUAAUAAUUACUAGGGGUAGGUAGCAAUGAAAGAAUUAAUCAAUAAGGUCGAAGGAAAGAAGUGACCUUAAGAUGGUGUAAAUAGUACAAAUUCAAGUCAGUUCUCUGCAUUUUUUUAACACUUGAAAGUGUGUGUGGUUUUAAGCUUUAUUAUUAUUUUUGGAUAAACUUUCAAGUGAUGUAUAGCUGUUCAAAUGCUAAUAAAUGACUGUUAUGACUUAAA